CCAGGAAAGGGGGGGGGAGAAAGAGGUCUAUUGCUUUUCUCCCCCGCCCUCCCCGCAGUGGGGCCCUGGGGGAGGGGGAAGUUUUGGGCGCCUGGAACUCUGCAGAGGAACCAGGGAAGGGCAGCCACAGGGUGUGCCAAGCACGGGCAGCCAGCAACAGACGGGCGGACGGGGUGUGGGGAGAGAGCGUGCAAGACCCGGAGAAGGAGCCUAUUUUGGCUCGAAAGGCAGCGCACUUGGGACACUGGGAAAGGCGUGGAAAGCUGGCGCGUUGCGUGUUUGUGCGCUGCGGGAGGGGAAAAAGAACCUCAGCGCUUCCAGACUGGGUGGCCACGAGGCAAGCAGGGGAGCCAGCCGUGGGGGCUCUGUGUGUGUGUGUGUGUUGGGGGGUGGGUGGGGGGAAGACCCUGUGUGUACGCCAGGAAGGGAGGAAAGCCUAAAGCCCGAAGUGCGCAAGAAAGAGGAAAUCUGUGCGCGCAACGGAGUUGUGAAGAAGCCGUCCAGCCCCUCCUUUGGUGAGAGACGCUCAGCAUUUCUGUGCCCUCCCGAGAAACCGGUGAAUUAAAGACCCCGGGAAGGAGAUGGUCAGCCAGGACGGAGCCCACUCUACGUAGCCCCUUCCACGGAGACCUCAAGGACAGUGUGCCCAGCCUGGAGCGAGCCCGCCUGGGGUGUCCCCAGCCUCCCCAUGGCAGCAGAGGUCCGACUGAAGAAACUGGAGGAGCUGGUCCUCGACCGCAGCGUGGUGGGCUCGGAGACCCUGGUGGACCUCCUGCUCUGCGUCCAUCAUGAGUUGAGCACUUCGCCCCUGGCCCAGGAGAAAUACAUCACCGAGUUCCUGCAGUGGGCGGAGCCGGUAACCUCCAGACUAAAACAGCUGCGGCUGCAGCGAGACGAUUUCGAGAUCCUAAAAGUGAUCGGCCGAGGAGCUUUCAGCGAGGUGGCGGUGGUGAAGCAGAAGAGGACCUCCCAGGUGUAUGCCAUGAAAAUAAUGAACAAAUGGGACAUGUUGAAACGGGGAGAGGUUUCCUGCUUCAGGGAAGAGAGGGACGUCCUGGUUAACGGAGACAAGCGCUGGAUCACGCAGCUGCGUUUUGCCUUCCAGGAUGAGAAUUACCUGUACCUGGUGAUGGACUACUAUGUUGGCGGUGACCUCCUGACCCUGCUGAGCAAAUUUGGGGACCGCAUCCCACUGGAGAUGGCCCGGUUCUACUUGGCCGAGAUGGUGAUGGCCAUCGACUCCAUCCACAGCAUGGGUUACGUGCACAGGGACAUCAAACCCGACAACAUCCUCCUCGACCGGUGUGGCCACAUCCGGCUGGGGGAUUUCGGAUCCUGUCUCAAGCUGGGAGAAGACGGGACGGUCUGUUCCACAGUGGCCGUGGGCACCCCCGAUUACCUCUCCCCGGAGAUCUUGCGAGCAGUGGAAGAUGGGCUUCAUCCCUACGGCACGGAAUGCGACUGGUGGUCUCUGGGCGUUUUCGCCUACGAGAUGUUCUUUGGACACACCCCCUUCUUUGCCGACUCCGUGGCGGAGACCUACGGCAAGAUCCUGCACUUCAAGGAGCAUUUCCGCUUCCCCCUCUUGACCCCCGAGAUCCCCCCGGAAGCCCAGGCCUUAAUCGAAGGGCUGAUCUGCUCCCGGGAGACCCGCCUGGGACGCAACGGAGUCCAGGACUUCAAGGAGCACCCGUUCUUCGUCGGCAUCGACUGGCAGAGCCUGAGGGACUGCAGCCCGUCCUUCGUGCCCGAGUUCGCCAACGCCACGGACACCUGCAACUUCGACGUGGUGGACGACUGUCUCACCGACAUGGUGAGAGGGGGAGGGGAGACCCUGUGGGACGUCAUCGAGACCUCACCCCUGGGAGUCCAGCUGCCCUUUGUGGGGUACUCCUACACUUACACGGCUGUGAAACAGGAAGAUCCCAAGGAGAGGGACCCCAGCCCCAGCGCCAUGGAUGUGGAGCCUGCUGGGAAGAGGCUGCUGGGAGAAGCCCAGGGAAGCCCUCCAGAGGAGCCGGCCUGUGAACUCCCCGAUGGGCAGAAGCUGGACCAGUCCAUGUUUCUCGAACUGCAGGCAGCCUUCGAGGAGGAACUGAAGAGCCGGGAGAUGUUGUGCCAAGAGCUCGGCGUGGUCAAGGUGGCCAACCAGACUUUGGCCAGCCAGCUGAAAGACGCCGAGAGCCGAAAUGUGGAACUGGAAACUCAGAUCAAACGCUUGAAGGAGCAGAUCGAAGGCAUGAAAGCAGCAUCCGAGGAGGCUGCUUUCGGCUGGAGCCCAUCCUGGCCCCCCAACCUCAGGCAGCCUUUCUUGCACUGUGUGGAACGGCCAGCCCACCAAAGUGGCCCCGCGGCAUCCCGGCUCUGUGAAUACCCGCUUGUGGUACCUCUGUACCGGCACUUGCUGCUCUUUUCGAGGGUACGUAGGCCCUGCAUCGUCCACGUGGGAUACCUGCUCUUGUGCACUGCUGGGCACGGAUCGGAGGCCUCCAACUGGGGCCGAGCGGAAACCGUUUGAACCCUGGCCGGGGCAAGGAAGAGCCGGGCACAGCGUCUGAUUGCAGCUGCCCUGGCAAACCCCUUUGGUGGAGGACUGGCUUGGGCUAAGAUGGUGAGGCCACGUCCCGGAGAUCCAGCCGCUCCUCUGGUUCACUCCCGGGGGCUCCCUUUGCUUCGAGACCACCGACCCACCGGAGAAAGGGAGGGGAAGCAGCAGGAGCUGAAGACGCAACCCAGGGCUUUUCUAAGCAUCUUUGCACUCUGUACAGACCCUCCUAUAGAAUCCACACACCCCCUCCCCAAAUCCUGGAUGGCACUUUGCGCUGGAAACGCACACCGUUCCCGAGAGAGUCGGGACGAAGCCGCCCUGCCGGGAACCGCUUUGCCCAGGACGCUGUGAAGAACAUUGAGAUUCUUCCUGUGACUUUUGCCGUUCAGGGUCCCAGUGCUUGUUUUCUGCACCCGAUGCCCCUUUGGGAGACGGGGGCCGGAAGGGCCCGGGGGGGCAGGAGAAAAAGACCUCCCCAUCCCGCCUUCCUCGGUGACCUGUGAGAAGCCACAACUUUUCAGUGAGAAGAAGGUGGCCGUGUCUGUCCUGGUGGGCUGGUAGAGAACCGCUGUAAGAAUUAGCCCAACGGUGCCCUCGGCCAGCUGCAAUCGGGGCCUCCCAGAUGUGCUUCGAAGGCCAAACACCCCCCGCAAGGCCUUCUGGUGCCCAUGGACUCCCUACUUUUUAAACUGCCACUGUUUGCAUUUUGCUAUUCUCCACGUUUGAAAGCCGCUGGCAACCUCAGCUCUGUAGCGCUCCACGGUUCAACCCACCCACCCUUAGUAAGUUAUUCCGAAUGGUGAGGGGACGGCGGCGGCGUGGCAGCCCUUCCUGCCUCAAAGCAGGAGACCCAAGUCUCUAGUCCCUAUGUUUGGAAGUGUGGAUGCAUGUUUAUAUAAAUCAAAACCGAGCUUAUUUUUUUGGGGGGUGGUGGUGGUGGUGGUGGAAAAGCAUACUGCUAGUUUUAGGGUUUUUCACUUCAGCCCCUCUUGGGAGGGGGGGGGUGUCUGUCUCGCCUUCCACGCCCCAAAUAUUUAUUAUUCCUCCUUUGUGCAAGGCGGUGCAUUGGCUGCGCGCAUGAAGACGCAUUUUGCCACUCUGGCGUCCAGGAGGCGAGGGAAGCUUUCUUGGUUUCCCAGUUGGAAUAAAGUCGGAUUAUUUCCUGGUCUUUGUGGGAUGUUUGUGAUGGAAGGAAAUCUUUAGGUCACAGGGCCCACCCCAAACUUGGGAACUUGGAGGCUUGUGGACUUCAACUCCCAGAAUUCUGGGAGUUGAAGUCCACAAGCCUCCCAAGUUCCCAAGUUUGAAGGCCUCUGCUUUAGGAUUUUGCAGCCGGAAUCAAAGGCAAAAUGAAGAUGUACACACACAGACACAGACACACACCAGGAAUCGAAGCUGUGUCUCCACAAUCCCCUCCCAUCAGGCCUGUCGCCCUCCCCAGGGAGUCCUCGACUUGCAACAGUCCGUUUAGGGACCGUUCAAAUUUACAGCGGCCAUUGAAGUUGCUCAGUACCCGUUUUCACUCUUUUACGACCGUUGCCGCCUCCCUGUGGUCACACGAUCAAAAUUCACAACACGGUCGCAUUCAUGACGGUUCCCAGGGUCCCCUUUUGCGACCUUCUGACAAAGCAGUCAACGGAGGGGGGGGGAGCCAGAUUCACUUAACGACCGGGGCAAGAAAAAGUCAUAAAAUGGGCCAAAAAUCCACUUUUAACAACUUGCUCAGCCAGAGAAUUUCGGGGCUCAGUUGUAAGUCGAGGAUGGCUUCUCUAUUAUUAUUAUUAUUUGCAACAACAGAAUUGUAUCACA